AUGGCACCCAUAAACUCGGAGCACACAGUUUAUGGUAAGUUAUGGAUUGCGUCUCUAAAUAUUAACGGAAUGAAAAAUAAACUAACAGUACUGCUUAGAGAUUUUGCAUAUAUGAAAUUAGAUAUAAUUGGCAUCCAAGAAACCCACUGCCCAGGGAAUAAUACUGCAGAUUUUAAGGAUUAUAAACUAUUUUGUUCCGGUACCACCUCUAAUAGCUGGUCAGGAAUCGCAUUCCUAGCAAACAAAAAAAUAGAAAAAUCAAUUAUCAAAUUUGUACCCAUAUCAGAAAGAUGCGGCCUCCUAUAUCUAAACACAAAAUUCAAACCGACAAUAAUUGUAAACAUAUAUGCCCCUCCAAGAAGAAAUGAAAGGUUAAAUUUUAUUGACACAGUCACUACCUUGAUUGAUUCCCUGCCUUUGAGAUAUAACAUUAUAAUAAUAGGAGACCUCAAUCUGAAAAUUGGCAAAAGCACAGAAUAUAUUAACACCAAUACCAUCGGUAACGCAACUAUACAACAACCCAACAAUAUAGAUAGUAAAAAAUUACUUGAUUAUUGUAAAACCAAAAAUUUCAAAAUAGAAAAUACUUUCUUUCUCCAUCGAGAAAUAAAUACAUACACCUUCGUAAGAGCAAAUCAAAAAUCUCAAAUUGAUUUCAUUAUAUCAAAUAUUCAUGCGUGGUUUGAUGAUGUUAUAGUGUCCACUAUUAUUAAAUUGUCAGAUCACAGAGCGUUAGUAGCAAAAAUGACAAUAAAAAAUACAUGGGGAUAUCGCGAAGAGAUAGACCCAAAUAUGACAAGAAUAAAUUUCUUAAAACCUCUCCUAAACCGUAAACAAAUAAAAGUAAAAUCACAAGAGGAUAUACAACUUUUUGAUCAAAUACUGGUCAGGAAGAGAGAAAAUUUCCUAAAUAUAACCUCAAAUGGGAACGUAGAUAUAUGUUGGAAUCUUUUCAAGAAAGAUAUAACUGAAUCCUAUAACAUGUUACCCAAUAUGAAUGUAUACCUAAGGAGAGAGUGGUUAUCAAAUGAAACUGUAGGAAAAAUCAGCCAGCUUAGAGGAGGCAAUAACUUGAACAGAGAACUAUGGAAAGAGAUACAGAAAUUUCUGAGAAGUGAUGUAUAG